AUGGAUCGAGCAAAAAAAAAGUUGGCGUCAGCUCUGGAUGGGUUGAGACUUUCGCGAAACAAGACCGAGGUGGAGUUUGAUGAGAAGGUUACUGCGCAACAUGUCUGCUUUUCGAAGAUUGUCCGCCACGGCUUCCCAGACGACCCUCGCUGCUUUGCAUAUGAUCCUAUGCAAAAGCUGAUAGCAAUUGGUACCGGAACUGGAAUUGUGAGGAUAUUUGGAGAUGUUGGCGUUGACUACUGCUUGUAUCAUAAAACUGAGGCACCUGUUACAAAUAUUCAGUUUUUAAUUAAUGAGGGGGCACUAGUAACAGCAUGUCGGGAUGAUUUAGUUCAUCUUUGGAAUUAUCGGCAAAAGAUUCCGGAAAUUGUCCAUAGUAUACAGUUGAAUAAAGAACAGGUUACCUGUGUAAAUUUGCCAUUUCAAAGUAAAUGGCUCUACUUGGGGACUGAACGUGGAAAUGUUUAUUUUAUAUCGGUCGCCACUUUUAAGCUGUCUACAUAUGUGAUCAAUUGGAACAAAGCAAUCGAUUUGAGUUGUCGGACUCACCCGGGAAGCGUUAAAUCGAUUUUGACAUGCCCGACAGAAAAUACAAAGCUUCUUUUGCUGUUUGAAAAGGGGAUCGUUGUCGUAUGGAACUUACUGACCAAGGAGGUAGACAGAUUUAUUACCGAUUACCCAGUUCGCUGUGUUAACUGGUUUCAUGACGGUAGGCAGUUUAUAUGUGGUAAUUCUGACGGCUCUUUGACUAUUUGGAACGUUAAGAAGCCUGGUGAAUAUGUACAAAAAAUGUCUCCUCACGGCGAUAAGUGUAGACCUAUUACGCAGGUUGAUUGGAGUGUUACUGUGGAGGGUGAACAAUUGAUCAUGUUUAGUGGAGGUAUGUCACAAGAAGAUGGGGUUUUACCAGCAAUUACAAUUUUGCGAGCUAAUCGAUCAGCAACAGUUUUUGAAAUGGAGCAUUCGUUAAUAUCGUUUAUUCCGUUAACUCCUCCAAGUUAUCCGAGUGGACCUCAGCACCACUUUGGACUCGCAGUUCUCUUGAAAAACAAUCUUCUUGUUAUCGAUUUACAAAGUCCUGGGUACCCAUGCUUUGAAAACGUUAAUCCGGUAGAUAUCCAUGAAUCGCCCGUUGUGUUUGUAAAAUAUUUUUCUGAUUGUCCUGUUGAUUUGGUUGGGGCAUUGACUCUCGUAGGCUGUAAACAAAGGCGACAGGCGUAUAGCAGGAAGCCUUGGCCAGUAAAUGGUGGUACUGGGCGUGAGUGCGCAACAGGUCAUCAAGAGCUUUUGAUUACAGGGCAUGAAGACGGUUCCUUAAAAUUUUGGCACACUACUGGCGAGCAUCUUCAAAUUCUGUAUAAACUUAAAACGGGUCGUCAUUUUGAGCGCUCUGAAAAUUAUGACGGAAGAGAUGUGUCGCAUGGGAUUGCGGAUUUGGUGCUUUGUUUGGAAUCAAGGCUUCUUGUAGUAUGCAGCCAAAGCAGCCAGAUAACCCUAUUUCAUUUUGCUAAGAAUGAAGGGUGCAACGAAAUUUCAGUGGUCAUUAUUCCCAGGUUUAGUUCCUUAAAUUUUGGUGCAGACGAUGAGGGUGUUUCUGGUGGAGGUUCUGGCAAAGACACGAGGCAUCCAAGUUUAGCGUCACAGGAGUCGCAUAGUACUGCUACGAGUGAAGGUAGUGUCACCGACGAUCAUUUUCCAUUAAAAGUUAGAGGGGGAAGUAUGAAGAGACCUGCCGGCUACCAGCCGGAAAUGGUUUGCGUUGUCCCUUGGAGAAGCUGUUUGCAACCGGAAACCAUUACGGCGCUUGCACUUAAUUCUGCAUAUGGAUUUUUAGCUUUUGGCACUAGCAGUGGAUUAGUGGUUGUUGACACCGUGCAAUACGUGUUGGUAUAUACUUUGCCAUAUUCAGAUUUCUGUGGUAAAGAAAGUCCGUUGUCGAUGUCUCAAGGAUUUGAUCACUCUCCAAACGAGUUGAGCACCCCUGAACAGCGUUCGUCUCCAUCACCCAACAGUGUUAAAUCUUUUUCUAAAGCUGUAAGUGAAAUACGACAGAAGUCUAACGAAAAGCAACGACCUACAUGGUUUAUCAGCAAUAUGAUCUUUUUAAAUAAAUUUUCCGCUUCCUUGAAAACCUUUGCUCCUGGAGAUAAAUCUGGGUUCACUAGUGAAUUAGAUGGCUUUCAAGUGAUAUCCUGGAUUUCAGAUCGUUUUACUGGUCCUUGUUUGUGGAUGGGUACCGCGAAUGGUUUCUGUACAGUAUUCAACCUCCAAAUCCCAGUUAAUCGAGUAUCCUCUCAAGCAUUGGUUUCUCCUAGUGGUUGGUUUUUCCGGCAGAAAGGGACUCAUUUGUACACAACUUUUUUGGACAAAUCUUUCUGCUUGAUCUCUGCAGCGUGUAAUGCAUUUCAUGAUGUUAAAGACAACUCCAAAGCAGAGAAUAUAGGGAGAUCAGGUGAUAGGGGAUUUGGAAACAAAGUGAUCACAAAGUUGAGUCUUUCUCCGACUUUUUCAAAUGCUUCAGACUAUGAGGAUGAAAUUGAACAAUAUCACUAUUCGCUAUGCUUCCGCUACAGGCCUGAUAUUUCUUUCGUCCAGUCCCUAUGA